AUGGCACGUGAAAUGAUCAAACAAGAUGGUGGCGUCAAGUCUUUCGUGUUCGAGUUCACAGAGUGGUCGCACGUCAUUUCCGCUCUGCCUCACUCUGAUAUAGUUAAAAGUAGCUGGUUUCUUGCCAAUAGCAGUCAUAUUCUCGAUUUAGCCUUUUUUAUGGGAGGCCAGCCACGGACCAUCAAAUGCUUCAAUAGUGGUAAAGGUGAUGUAACUUGGCACCCGCAGGCAUCGACUUGGGUUGGAUCAGGUAUUACGGACAGCAAUGCACUAUUUUCCUACCAUGCAAACUGGGCAGGACCUGGUAGAUGGUGGCUAGAGAUUGUGACUACCAAGAAUAGAUACAUAUUCCGGCCACUUGAAAAGCUUCACAUAACUCGCCUAGGAUCCGUGAAAAUAGAAGAAGUUGAAAUUGAUGACAGUCUGGACAAGAAUUUCAAACCAGGGCUGUGGCGACAAACGAAAACAUUUUUAGAAGAUCCCGAUCAUAUCGAUUUACUGUCCUUGGAGAAGCACUUGCACCACGUGACUUCAAUCUACGAGCCGAUUCGUGGAUUCCCUGAUAAGGUUGUCGACCAGGCAACGUCUUCUGUUCUUAUAAUAGGUCUUGGUAACAUAGGAUCAAGGCACCUCCAGGCAUUGGCGAAAAUGGAGUUUGCUGUUGACAUCACGUGUGUUGAGAUACGCGGAGCAUCACUGGAGCGUGCUCGAAAAAUAUACGAGGCAGAGCCGAAGAUUCACCCUCAACCGACGGUGAAGUAUUACAAAUCCGUUGUUGAUAUUGUGAAAGGAAAGACAUUUGAUAUUUGUAUUAUUGCAACAUGUUCUGAUGUUCGGAGAAUGAACAUUGAGACUGUACUGGAACGAUUUAAAGUCAAGUACAUGAUCCUAGAAAAGAAUGUGUCUUACAUAGCACAUAUUUUGGUCACUAAUUCGUUAGGAAUCUAUAUACAGGUCUUGUUUCAAACUGCAGAUGAUCAUUUUAAAGUACGUGAUUUGUUGGUAAAGCACGGUGUCCAUGCAUAUGUAAAUGCUCAUUGGGGUGCAUCGCCCAUGGGACGCUAUGUCAAACAAAAUAUGAAGGAGCCCGUCAAUUUACAUGUCCAAGGUAAUGGAUGGGGACUGUGCUGUAAUGCAAUUCAUCUUCUACACUACGCUAUGUUCUUGAAUAACAGUAAAGAUGUGACGUUUGGAGAAUGUCGUUUUGACCCUGGUUAUGAAGAAUGUAAACGUCCUGGAUUCUUGGAACUAUACGGUUCACUGGUUGGUACGAUUAAGACUUCUAGCAGUGACGCCAAAUUCGAGAUAGUGUGUAAACCUGGUGAUCCAAUGAUCGAAGGGAGGGUCGUCAAAUUGUCAAACAAACAUGGAAAGUCAGACUGGAGCGAGCGUACGGUAAAACAUCUACUGGAGACUGGUGUGUGUGAUUUACCAAACUACGAAGAUUUGUACACAGUUUCCAUGGCAUUGAACAACGUAUUUAUGACUCAUCUUCGCAAAGAGGGGAAUACACAAGCCGAGAAUGGAAUUUGUCCAAUUACGUAG